CGUCUUAUUUAAAGCAACUUUUCCGUGCACUGUCUUCUGCCGCUGCUUCCUGAAGAUUGAAGAAGGAAAGAAUCAAAGAAAUGAGAUGUCUAAUCUUAAGCCUGGGCUCCCCUUUCUUUUACUUUUAGCUUUGCACUCUUCCUUCCUCUUUGAUUCUGCCUACUCUGAGAUAUUUUUUGAGGAGACAUUCCAAGGUGGCUGGGAGGGCCGUUGGGUUUUAUCCGACUGGAAGAGGAGUGAAGGAAAGGCAGGCACCUUCAAGCAUACGGCAGGAAAGUGGUCUGGAGAUCCCGAUGAUAAAGGUAUCCAGACAUUUAGUGAUGCCAAGCAUUUUGCAAUAUCCGCAAAGAUACCAGAGUUCAGCAACAAGAACAGAACUCUAGUGGUCCAGUAUUCUAUUAAAUUUGAGCAGGACAUUGAAUGUGGUGGUGGUUACUUGAAACUUCUUUCUGGUUAUGUCAAUCAGAAGAAAUUUGGUGGUGAUGCUCCUUAUAGUUUUAUGUUUGGACCAGAUAUAUGUGGCUCACAGACUAAGAAGCUCCAUGUUAUAGUUUCGUACCAGGGGCAGAAUUACCCUAUUAAGAAGGAUCUUCAGUGUGAAACAGACAAAUUGACUCAUUUCUAUACAUUUAUUCUGAGGCCUGAUGCUUCUUAUAGUAUCCUGGUUGACAAUCGAGAAAGAGAUUCUGGAAGCAUAUACGUAGAUUGGGACAUCCUUCCUCCACGUAAAAUCAAGGAUGUAAAUGCAAAAAAGCCAUCUGAUUGGGAUGAUAGAGAGUACAUCGAAGACCCUAAUGAUGUCAAACCAAAGGGAUAUGAUUCCAUUCCAGCUGAAAUUCCUGAUCCAAAAGCCAAGAAGCCAGUUGAUUGGGAUGAGGAAGACGAUGGAAUAUGGAAGCCCACCAAAAUUCCUAAUCCCGCAUACAAAGGACCUUGGAAACGCAAGAAAAUCAAGAACCCCAACUACAAGGGAAAGUGGAAGAUUCCAUGGAUUGAUAACCCAGAAUUUGAGGAUGAUCCUGAUCUUUAUGUGUUGAAACCAAUCAAGUAUGUGGGCAUUGAAGUGUGGCAGGUUAAAGCUGGUUCAGUCUUCGACAAUAUCUUAAUCUGUGAUGACCCGCAGUAUGCUAGACAGGUUGUGGAAAAUUUUAUGGCUAACAAUAGAGAGGCAGAAAAAGAAGCCUUUGAAGAAGCAGAAAAGGAAAGAAGAGCUGGGGAAGAAGAGGAGGCUCAGAGAGCUCGAGAGGAAGGUGAAAAGAGGAGAAGGGAGAGAAAUCGUAGAUAUGGAGAUAGACGGCGUCAUAGAAGGCCGGAUCCCCAUGAUUACAUGGAUGAUUACCAUGAUGAACUUUGAAACGUGCUUUUUGAUUGACUUGUGUUUUGAAUGCAUUGCAAAUGGAAAAGCUCGAAUGAGGACGCUUGUUCUCCAGAAUGUGGUCUGUCUGCAUGAUUGCUGCUAUUCUCAAUGCCAUCUUUUCUGGUUCUCUAGUGUUGUGUGCUGCAGGAUCAAAGCUGCGAUUGGACUAGCCAUAACUAGCCGCUGUACUGAUAUGUGAAUUUGGAUGUCAGCAGUAAGGUUUCCUUGAAUAAGUAAACUUAGACGCCA